AUGCAAGCAUCGAACAGGACGCACAGGAGGCCGUUACUGAGCUGCAGUGAGGACACAGAAUCUAGCACCUCGAUAUUGUCAUUGCGGACGCGGAAUUUGGGUACAUAUACCCCCAACGCAACCCCGGGGGUCAAGAUUGCGCAUACAAGGGCGCACAUGGAACCGAACGUGUAUAAGGUGAUAUCGCCAUACCAGGCGACACGAGAGCUCUUGGAGAAUUUGGCGCACGAGCCGAUGUCUGUGCCAACGGGUUCAUCAGCAGAAUUGUUGGGGUAA